AUGUCCACAAACGACGCAGUAAUUUCUGAUGAGGAAGACACCGAGAUUGUUCACGGCUUUGGUGCUCAGCCGAUAUCCAGAAAUCAAAUGAGGACAACAAAGCGUUGGUCGUUUCAUAACAACACUCGACCAAAUUUGGUUGACUUGCCCCUGGAGGUGGGUGGGCCGCCACCGAGACGAUUAAGUGACAUUACGGGAAUUGAUGGAGUACAUAAACAGCUUGACCCAUUGAGUGAAUUGGGGGGAGCACAGUUGUAUUCAACAGAGUCUGGUAGAUUGUUCCAUGCGGGGAAAAUCAUUAUUGCCCUUGCAGGUUUACCAGGGAGAGGAAAAACACAUUUGUCGGUGUCUUUGACAAGAUACUUGAGAUGGUUAGGUGUCAAAACUCACUCAUUCCACUUGGGUGACUAUAGACGAGCUAGUGCUGAAGAUGAUUUGACACAUGACUUGUUUGUACCCAGUCCAAAGAGUGGGAAAGCUCAUGCAUUGAGAGAAAAAGUGGCUAACGAAUGCCUCAAUGAUAUAUUGAACUUUUUCAAAAAUGACAAGGGGCAAGUUGCAAUUUACGAUGCCGUAAAUGCCAUUCCAGAGUUUCGGUUAGACUUGCAUAAAAGGUUCAAGGACUUGAAGAUACAGGUGUUAUUUAUUGAGAGUUUAGUAACCGAUGAUUCCAUUGUUAUGAAAAACAUUGAAGAAGCUGCAAAGUCCUCACCCGAUUAUAAUAACUGGGAUUACGAUGCUGCCUAUAAGGAUUACAGUGCUCGAAUCAAUGCGCUUGCUCCCUUUUAUAAGGAAAUGGGGUUGACUCAAGAAGAAAAGGACUUGUCAUACAUUAAAUUUAUCAAUUUUGGUGAAAGAAUUGAAUUGCACAACUCAAACUACGGUUACUUGAUAAACAAAGUAGUGUUUUAUCUCAUGAACGGAAGCAUCAAAUCUGGAUCUGUUUUCUUGGCCAGAUGUUACAACAACACUUUAGACUUUAAUCAUGACCCGCCUUUGGAUGAAGAUGGAUUGGAGUAUGCAAAAAACUUGACAGACACGGUGAUUGCACAACUCAAAUCUGAAGGUAAAACUUAUCUUGAUAGAACCGAGAGUGCCAAGCCUGAAUUACACAGAGAACCAUCUGUUGAUAUGAGACAGCCUGCUGCUGGUGCAGAUGGGGUCAACGAUAACUCCUUAGUUGUGUGGACUUCGGUAAAGAAAAGAACUAUAGAGACUACACAGUUUCUCCAACAGAAAAACAUCAAUGUUAGACAUCGGAUUCAGUUAUCACAAAAAAAUCCCGGUGUUGUGGGUACACUAUCUGAGGAAGAUAUUGCGAAACAAUACCCAGAAGAGUACUCUCAGUAUAUCAAGGACCCCUACCAUUAUCGGUUUUCUCGUGCUGAGUCGUAUCACGAUUUGGCAAUCAAGAUCGAGCCUUUGAUCUUGGAGAUGGAACGCAUGAGUGGAGACUUACUAAUAAUAGCGGAUGAAACUGUUUUGAGGGUGUUAACAUUAGUGUGUAUAGUGUGUGAACAAAAAUUAAAUAUAAGAAUGUUACCUUCUGCUACUUAUACAUCUGGCGAUAUCAAGCACGAUUUCCAUCCUGGUGAUGGCCCGCAUAGUACCGAUGGAUCAACUACCCAAAUAUCUGAUAUAGUUUUAAAUGCUGGUGGUGAAGACCGAGAUAAGCCCAGUGUGGCAAAAGAUACACCUAUGGGAAAUUUACGAGCAGCUAUAACCACUCUUCAAGAUCAAAUCAAUGUGUUUUUAACCGACCGAAUGAGAGCUGAGAAGCAAGCUGAUACAGAAGACAUAGAACGAAAAGUGCUAGACGAGGGAGUUGAAGAGGAGAGCGAUAGCGAGUAA